AUGAGAAUGAGCUGCAACGGGUGCAGAGUCCUCCGGAAAGGCUGCGGCGAGGAUUGCACCAUCAGGCCUUGCCUCCAGUGGAUCAAAUCCCCGGAGUCGCAGGCUCACGCCACCAUGUUCCUCGCCAAAUUCUACGGCCGCGCCGGACUGAUCAACCUCAUCAACGCUGGCCCUAACCACCAACGCCCAGCCGUGUUCAGGUCGUUGCUGUACGAGGCCUGCGGCCGGAUCGUCAACCCGAUCUAUGGCUCGGUGGGGCUGCUCUGGUCGGGCAAUUGGGCCGAGUGCCAGUCGGCCGUCGAGGCGGUGCUCCAGGGCUCCUCUCGGUUCUUGCAAUCUCCUUCGCUCGACUCCGCAGGGCCCAACCUCAAGCCCUGCGACAUCCGCCACGUCCAGAAGACAUCCGGCCCCGGCGACGUCCACAAGAUCAGGACCAGGAACCGGUUCAAGCGAUUGUCGAAUCGGGCCAAGUCGGAGACGGAGCCCGACGCGGUGUUCGGCAGUGAAGGGGGCAAGUGGAUCUACCCAGGCCCCAUCUACGAGGAGACGAGCCACGACUCAUGGGUGACGCACGCGGCGGUAGCUGCGGCGAACCGGGACAGCGCGGAGGCUGAGUGCAUCUUCUCGGUGGAGACCGUGGAGGCUUCACUGGCAAACCUGGGCAAGCCGAACCGGAUGCUGAAAUUCGACAGGCCGGCAGAGGAGAGACCGGAGAGCCAACUCCGGUUGGAGCUGAGUCUAGGCGUCAAACCGUCGUCCCAUCCAAGCGAGCCCCGAGUUCGGUUGGCGUUGAUCUGAGUGGUGGGUAGUGAGACGAGCAGUUUUGAGACCGAGGAGUAC